CUCCCUCCUCUGGGCGCCAGCCGCCUUAGGCCUGAGCGAGAGCGGACGGCGGGCGGGCGGCCGCAGCUGCAGCCUGAGAGCCGCGGCGGGGGGCUGGUGGGCCCCGCAGCUUUGCUCCUCCUCAGCGCCCGCGCUCUCGGACAUGGUGGCCCCCGGCUCUGUGACCAGCCGGCUGGGCUCGGUGUUCCCCUUCCUGCUGGUCCUGGUGGACCUGCAGUACGAAGGUGCUGAAUGUGGAGUAAAUGCAGAUGUUGAGAAGCAUCUGGAAUUGGGCAAGAAACUCCUUGCAGCUGGACAGCUCGCGGAUGCGUUAUCUCAGUUUCACGCUGCAGUAGAUGGUGACCCUGAUAACUAUAUUGCUUACUAUCGGAGAGCUACUGUCUUUUUAGCUAUGGGCAAAUCAAAAGCAGCACUUCCUGAUUUAACUAAAGUGAUUGAAUUGAAGAUGGAUUUCACUGCAGCAAGAUUACAGCGAGGUCACUUAUUACUCAAACAAGGAAAACUUGAUGAAGCAGAAGAUGAUUUUAAAAAAGUGCUCAAGUCAAAUCCAAGUGAAAAUGAAGAAAAGGAAGCCCAGUCCCAGCUAAUCAAAUCUGAUGAAAUGCAGCGUUUGCGCUCACAAGCACUGGAUGCCUUUGAGAGCUCAGAUUUUACUGCUGCUAUAACCUUCCUUGAUAAGAUUUUAGAGGUUUGUGUUUGGGAUGCAGAACUACGAGAACUUCGAGCUGAAUGUUUUAUAAAAGAAGGGGAACCUAGGAAAGCGAUAAGUGACUUAAAAGCUUCGUCAAAAUUGAAAAAUGAUAAUACUGAGGCAUUUUAUAAAAUCAGCACACUGUACUAUGAACUAGGAGACCAUGAACUAUCUCUCAGUGAAGUUCGUGAAUGUCUUAAACUUGACCAGGAUCAUAAACGGUGUUUUGCACACUAUAAACAAGUAAAGAAACUUAAUAAGCUGAUUGAGUCAGCUGAAGAGCUCAUCAAAGAUGGCAGGUACGCAGAUGCGAUCAGCAAAUAUGAAUCUGUCAUGAAAACAGAGCCAGGUGUUCCUGAAUAUACAGUUCGUUCAAAAGAAAGGAUUUGUCACUGCUUUUCUAAGGACGAGAAGCCUGUUGAAGCUAUUCGAGUCUGUUCAGAAGUUUUACAGGUAGAACCUGACAAUGUGAAUGCCCUGAAAGACCGAGCAGAGGCCUAUUUAAUAGAAGAAAUGUAUGAUGAAGCUAUUCAGGAUUAUGAAACUGCUCAGGAACACAAUGAGAAUGAUCAGCAGAUUCGAGAAGGUCUGGAGAAAGCACAGAGGCUACUGAAACAGUCACAGAGACGAGAUUAUUAUAAAAUCUUGGGAGUAAAAAGAAAUGCCAAAAAGCAAGAAAUCAUUAAAGCAUACCGAAAAUUAGCACUGCAGUGGCACCCAGACAACUUCCAGAAUGAAGAAGAAAAGAAAAAAGCUGAGAAAAAGUUCAUUGACAUAGCAGCUGCUAAAGAAGUCCUCUCUGAUCCAGAAAUGAGGAAGAAGUUUGACGACGGAGAAGACCCCCUGGACGCAGAGAGCCAACAAGGAGGUGGCGGCAACCCUUUCCACAGGAGCUGGAACUCAUGGCAAGGGUUCAAUCCCUUCAGCUCAGGCGGACCUUUUAGAUUUAAAUUCCACUUCAAUUAAACCAGCUGUUUUUCUGCUCUUCUUCCUUCAUUUUUUUAAAGUUUUAAAACAAACAAACAAAAAAAACCUUGUUCCGGGAUCCUAAUGAAAAAGAAAAUUCCAACCUUUCAGUUUGCCCACGACCAAAGAGGUGUUCUGAAUGGCAGUGUCUGUUCUUAUCCAUUGCAGACUUGAGGCUGACGGGGGUGAGGGCGGGAGGCAGGUGGGCUUCCGUUUCUGGCAGAGCAGCCUGUGUCUGUGCUGUGACCGGAUGGAAGAAGCGGUCUGAGGCGGGUGCAUAGAUCUUGCAUCUUCUACACUGGAGCAGGUGGAGAGUCUCUCCUCACUGCAUACGUGUCAGCGCCUGUGUGUGUGAGGAGGAACCUGGGCUGUCAGCGUUCUCCAAGAGGAAUGAACAUUCUGAGCUGUAUGUUCUUAGGCACAACUUUGCUUCGACUCUGGUCUGUCCAGUCACCUGUCCUUAUGUUAAAUUUCCACUUGCGUUCCCAUCUCUCUCUGAGCAUGAACAUGGCUGUUGUUGAAGGUGGUCAGAGCCGUUAGAGAACCUGCUACAAAUGGCAGGAGCCAGGGUGAGGUCUGGACUCACGUUAAGCAUGUAUUUUUUUGUUCAAUACCUGGAGGAGAAUACUGAAAACCAUUGAAACAGAAUUAACUGUAAACCCUCCUGGCCCUUUUAUUUAAUAUGAAACACAAUGAACUAAAAACUUGUAAAGUAAGUUCAGAUAACAUGGCAGUGGUAUCUAAAUAAUAUUGCUGUAUGCAGAUUAACAACUGAAGUGUAAGCUGUACAGCAUCUCCUGUAACAGGACUGGCUUAGAAUGUCAAGUCGCUCAGUCAACACAGACAGAAUGCCGUGUCUCCCACUUUUAAGGUUAGCAGUUUCUCUUAUGUCUUCGCCUACCUGGCCCGUGGGUGCCCACGUGGGAUUGCUUUGAGGUGGGCGUUAAGUAGCAGGCCUGCCCCUUUGCCAGACCUUGAUGCCUCUGGAAGUUUUUCUGCCAGGAAAGAAACAGGUUUACAGAUCUAGUCAGCUCUGGCUGUAUGUCCACUAUCAAGACAGCAUCUCUUCUUGGAUACCUUCUUACGUUUUAAGAAAAAUGAACUAUUCAGUCUUUAUAUGCUGGAUAAUUUUUUCCUUAAAAGAAAAAUAAGUGUUAAUCUAGAACAUUAAAUAUUUAUGGAUAGGGAUUCCAUAAAAUAUUAUGGAACUAUUGAUGCUGCACUUAAAAUCUUAAGAAUUAUUUAGAUAAAAAUUAUUACCUUUAUUCUAGAAAGGUUUUUUUUCUUUUUUUGCCUCAGAACAUUUUGACAAUUUAAGCAGGAUGGGCCUAAUAUACUGACUGCUUUUUGGGAAAUCAAGCAUCUUCUGAGUUGUUGGGGCUGUCCUACCACUAAUAUCCACAACAGCCAGCCAAGCACAAAUAGUUUCCUUCUACAGUCAUUCUGAAACAUACUUGGAAAAGAGUUUUUUAAUCUGAGGGACAAAAACACAGUUGAGUUGGACAAAACACGUUAAGUGCUUUUUGCAUCUACUUAGAAGUUUAUUUCUUACCAAUAAACAAGAUGGCAUUUUGAAAACUUAGCGAACAGCUUGCAGCUUUCCUUUUGUUUUAAUGUCUCAAAAUUCAAGCCAGUGUGAAAAUUUCCAAAGGAAAUUCAUUUUUAUCCUUUAAUCUUAUUACUUCAUUAGUUAAAUCAGCAGUUUUUUUCCAAUCCAGUUCUUUCAUGUAUGAUGUCACUGUGAACUCUUUGAAAUCUUGCAAUGGCCUCUACCUACUUUUACAAGGAAGAAUUUUCACAAAGAAAUCAGAACAAAGGAAAUAUGAAAUCACUCACCCUGCCAGUUGGAGGAGAGGGUGUAAAGUUGCCAGCAAGAAGGAGCCUGAAGGGGCCAGGAUGGCUGGGGGUGGGCCAUGUGGGUCACUGUGCUGGGCCCGACAUCUCGCCGACCGCCAUCCUGCUGCUGAGAGGGCUUGCUCUGUUUUUCCUCCACCUGUGAGAACUGUAAAUCCUGUUCCUGAAGUCUUACCAGGCAUUGACUUUAGUCAUAAGGGAAUUAUGCAGAGAGUCGCUUGUUUUCAGUGAAGACAGAAGCAGGUAUGGUGCCAGGUGCCAACGCCAUGGAGAGAAAUUCUCUGGAUUCUGUUGUUUUUGCUCAUGGGUGAUGAAAAGAACGACUUUUCGGUUCCAGCCUUGAGGGUCAUCAGUAGUCUUCUGGAAUCCGCCUGACCAGGAAGAUGGUCAGGCCUUCCUGCCCUCCACAGUGAUAAGAGCGCUGGGAGCGAGAAGGGACAGUUGUCCGUCCUGGCGGCCUGAUGCAGGAGCAUCACACUCUCCAGGCUCUGGUUUGGGGACCGCAGGUGCCCGGUAACCUGUGCGGCUCUUUGUGGAAAAGCAAAAUGAGAGGGGCGCCCGGCCUUGGCUGUGUCACAUUCCCUUCCUUUUCAGUGAGCUCCAGAAGUGAAGUGUCGCUGGUCGGUAAAUGGGUAUUUUUCCACAGCAACAAGUAUUAAACACAUCAGCCUAUAAACAUGAAAAAGGUCUAAAAGGAAAGUAAAUUAAUGUAAUACCCAUUUCUGAAAGUUUGUGCUUUUUUCCAUGGAUAAAUGAAAACUGGAAAAUGACUUCAACAGUUUACUAAUGUGAAUUGGAUGUAACAGCACUAAUUUUAAAAUGUUUUGCUCUUUAGGCAGUAUUAAAAGUUCAAGUAUCUGUAUGAAAACAGAACUUUCUGGGACUCUGAUAAUUGAAUGUCAGAACUACCCACCGCUUGAGAGAAAAAGACUAGUUAUAACUGAUUAUUGGCAGGGGAGGGGAGCUAACAAUUUUCAGUUGGCAUCAUUUUCUAUUCAUGGUGGAAAAAUGAAAGAUUGCACCUUUAGAGCAUGAAAUUGGUCAUAAGUUGUGAAAUUUACCAUGAAAAAAGGGCACAAGAUGCUUAGUUAAAAAUGGCCCCUCAGUCAGGUCUCUGCCUCCUUAAAGGGACAGGGCACCCGUGACAGCCCUGUGCAGCUUUCAUUGAGGACACAUGCGUGGUUAUCCUAGAGAAAUGCACGCCACUGUGCUGAAUGUAGUUGACUUUUCCACAUUUAUAAAAGAAAGAGGGUGGCAAAUGCUGAUUUAUCAACAAUUAUUUUAAAUCAGAUCAUUGCUUUUUUGUUAGUAGCAGAGUUUAUUCUGUAAUUGCAAAUGAUGUUGAUAGGUGGAGAUAAUUUGCUUUGUUUAAUGGAUGAUCUCAUUUGCUGAAUGAUUUAAGAGUAAAAUUAGCCACUGCGUGGCUUCAUGUAUGGUAAACGGGUUUUGUUUCACACCCUCUGUAUUUGAGCCUCCUACCUGCAGUGGAAAGCAGAGCAUAGAGGAGGUAAGAACUGGAGAUGUCUGAUGAAUUAAAAUAUUACUCCUGCUGUUAAGUCUGUAGUUGGUCUGAAUGAGACAAAACUAAGUAACUUAAUCCAUCUCAAUUUAGUGUUUUAAUAAAUAAGACACCAGAAAUUAAUGGGAAUGGGUCUCAGACAUGUCUACAAAUAUGGGUACUAUUUUUAUGCCCGUGUAUUUUCACAUUUAAUAAAAAUAUUUAUGGUCAAAUGA